AGUAUCCCGAGGCUCCAGUUGCCCAUACUCCUCUUUCUGUCAUUCUUUUCUAUAUACAGACAUAGACAUCCCUCAAUCUGCCACUGGUUUAUAAUUAAGAGAGAACAAGAAAAAGAAAAAAGAUAAGAAGAGCUAACUAGUAACUCAUCUUUGCAUUCAUCUUCUGAAAACCAAGAGAAAAAGAGAAAUGCAUCUCUCCAAAACAUCUGCCUGUAAAAAAUCAGAUAGUGAAUCCGAGAACAUUUUGCGUUUCAACAAGUCCCUUCAAGAACUUAGAGACCUGCGUUCACAGCUGCAUUAUGCUGCCGAUUACUGCGAAGCAACAUUCUUGAAUGCCGAGGAAAAGAAAAUGGCAGUGGAAAACACAAAAGAGUACAUAUGCAGAGCUGUGGUUGUUGUUGUUGAUCAUCUCGGAUGCGUUUCUGCUAAUCUAAAUCAAAGCAUUUCUAAAAACAAUGAAUUUUCUGAGGCUGAACUUAGAAUCAAUGCCCUAAAUCAAAGACUUCUUUCAUGUGAACAAUAUGCUCACAAGCUUGCUCUAACAAGAGUAAGAUGGAAUGCAAAUGUGCCAAAAUUUCACCGCCGCUACUUAUCAACACCAAUCACAAGUAUUGAGAUUGACAAGUCAAAUGAAGAUGAAAGGAACCCCACUAAUUGUCCAGCUUCUCCAAUUGUCAUAGAUAAACAUGGAUUUGAAGCGGAGGACUUGCCACUUUUCUUGUACACAUACACUCAAAAACCAUCUUUGGGUAGGAAUUCAUUUUCCAUUGAGAGAAAGGACUCCUAUUCAUCUUUAGCACUGCCUGUUCGUGAUGGUGUCUCAGUACUAUCUAAAGGUCCAAAUCCCACUUUUCAUUUUCAGCAAAUUUCUCAGAAGCAUGGACGCUAUAGAUUGUUCAGACAAUCAGCACACAGUAGCAAUAGCAUCCUGUCGCGCAUUCGGCGAAUUAAAAGAACAACUUGAAUAAUUUGGAAAAAUCAAUGUUCAUUUCUCUUGCUGUGUAUUUGAAAAGAUGAUAGAAGUUCCUAUGUACUUCAACGUU